GUUGGUAACGCUGACAGCUGGACGUGACGUCACGCGACCGUAAUGUUCUUUUCUGUCCCACGUUUCAUGGGCUUCAAGUUUACUGAUUUGAAGAAGCGGUGAAAUUUUAUCAAAAUGAAGAUCGGCUUGUGCGCGUUCAGCGGAUUUAAAAUCUACCCCGCAAGUGGUAAAACAUUGGUCAAAGCCGAUGGCAAAACAUUUACCUUCAUCAACAAGAAAUGCGAGCGUUCCUUCUUGAUGAAGCGCAAUCCGCGCAAAGUGAAAUGGACCGUGCUGUACAGGCGAAAGCAUAAGAAGGGAAUCGUUGAAGAGGCCACCAAGAAGCGCACCCGUCGUACACAAAAGUUCCAGCGUGCCAUCGUUGGUGCCUCCAUCACCGACAUCAUGGCUAAGCGUAACAUGAAGCCCGAGGUUCGAAAGGCUCAACGUGACCAGGCCAUUAAGGUAGCAAAGGAGGCCAAGAAGGCCAAACAGGCUGAGAAGAAGAUUAAAUCACAGCCGAGUACGAAGCAGCCGAAGCAAAAGGCCGCUAAAGUGUCGCAGAAGGCAGCCCCACGAGUAGGAGGAAAACGAUAAACUUCCCUUGUAUGAAAGUUGGCUAAUAUUGGAUUGAAUACAUAAAAACACUUUGAAAAUCA